AUGGAUGCCGAAGGAAAGUCCGAAGUUGAUUCAAGAUUACAAAUCUCUGAGAACAAGGGAGAAAAAACUCAAAAAGACCUAAUUCUCCAACAGUGGCUGAAACACUCCCUGAGAAAAAACAAAAGGUUAAAAAGGGAAAAGAAAAGAAGAAAGUCAAAAGCCGUAAUAAAAGUUGUGGGAAGAAUUGAUUUGGAUAAACAAUGUGGGGUAAUUAAUUCACUUAAUAAUAAACCUUGCAACCGUUUGAUACCUACUUUCUCAAUAUCAGGAAAAAAUCCAUCGUACACUCUCAAGGUGAAAAUAAUAUGCCAAAUAACAACAAUAAUGACGAACAAGCAAGAUGACGUAAAGGAAAAAGAUGUAGAACAAAAUAAAACUUCUUCAGCGCCGUACUUCGCUUAA